AACCUACCGCACAUUUAGGCAAUAAACCCAGAACACGGUAACGUGUUCUGGGUUAAUUAUACAUACAUAUGUAUCAUUAAUGUAUGUAUAAUUAAUCAAAUGAAGUUUGUUUACAACAGCUAACUUAGUUUUUGUGACUCAAUGAGUGAAGUCAACGGUUCAGUGCUACUUCCGGUGUGGCCGUUGAUCAAUAAGUAACUAUUUAGAAUUCCUGCUCCAGUAACAAACCUUUCUUGAAUCUUUUUUAACACUUACAGCCUUAAUAAAGAACUAGUUCAUAGUUCACCACUUAUAUUUUGAGUUCGUCAGAUACGAUCCACGUAGCUAGGAAACGUCUCCUGCCAGCUAGCGCUCUUAUUUUGACAUGUUAGCCGGAAGUCUCUUUCGCGCGUCUCACUCAUCGCUCACUUGACUGAUUUUCUUCCGGUAAACCGGGCGGAGGAGGAGCUUCCUCCCGCGGAGCCGCUGUCGUGGAUCCCGGGGAGUUGACGCGGAGCAGCACCAUGGUCCCACUGUGGCUCACUUCUGUGUUUGUCGUGCAGACGUCGGGGAUGUUGUCUCACGUGGAGAAGUACGAGGUGGUCCGACCUCAGAGGAGCCUGCAGGACCCACAGCUUCAUCCUGAUUCGGUUGAGUACGAGUUGAUGAUCGAAGGGACAAAACACACAAUUCUUCUGGAAAAGAACAGGAAUCUUCUUGCCAGAAGCUUCAGUGAAACACGUUAUGCAGAAGAUGGAAAACGAGUGACGACGUCCACAAAAGAGGAGCUGUGCUUCUACCACGGACACGUCAGAGGCCUCCAGGACUCCUCGGUCAGCGUGGACAUCUGUUCAGGCAUCAGCGGCUUCCUCAGGCUCCAGCAGCAGGUCUUCCUGAUCGAGCCUCUGGGACGAGCUGCACAUGGCGACCACGCGCUUUACAGACGGGAGAACCUGAAGCUCGCCGGCCCGUCCGCCUGUGGCUCCUCCCCCAACGGCACCGCGCAGAGCGACCGGCACCAGGACUCGGGCCCUGGGCUCUCUGGCCUCUUCAGGCCCAGAUCGUGGAAAACUAAAGCCACCGGCGGCCCGCAGAGGUUCGUGGAGCUCUUUGUGGUCGUGGACAACGCGGAGUACAAGCGCUACGGAGACCAGACGAAAUCCCGGGUCCUCGGGGUCAUAAAUCACGUCGACAAGCUGUACCGACCUCUGAACAUCCGCGUGGUGCUGGUGGGUUUGGAGAUCUGGACGGACAGAGACCACAUCGACGUGGACGUCGACCCGGAGACGACCCUGGACAACUUCCUGAAGUGGCGGCGGGCCGACCUGCUGCGGCGGGUCGACCACGACAACGCCCAGCUAGUGACCGGAAAGGAUUUCGACGGCGACACGGUCGGACUCGCAAACAAGUUUGCGAUGUGCACCGAGAACUCGGGCGGCGUCAAUCAGGAUCACCAUGACAACCCCAUCGGCCUCGCCUCCACCAUCGCUCACGAGAUGGGACAUAACUUCGGCCUGUCCCACGACUCCCCCGCCUGCCUGUGCGGCCCGGCGCACAGCAGCGGGACCUGCGUGAUGGCCGAGAAGCUCAGGUCCGGCAGCCAGAUGUUCCCCGAGCUGUUCAGCCGCUGCAGCGUGGAGCAGCUCGCCGACUUCACGGAGCGCGCUCGGCCCGGCUGCCUGCGGCCCCCCGGCUCGGCCCGCGGCGCCGGGGGGCCGCGCUGCGGCGACGCGCUGCUGGACCCCGGGGAGCAGUGCGACUGCGGCACCGUGGAGGAAUGCAAGGAUCGCUGUUGUGACGCCUCGACGUGUCUCCUGGCUGCAGGGUCGCAGUGCGCUCAGGGCCAAUGCUGCCACCACUGCCAGCUGAAGCCGGCGGGCAGCGUGUGCCGCGAGGCGGCGGGGGGGUGCGACCUCCCCGAGUUCUGCACCGGGGCGUCCUGGGACUGCCCCGAGGACGCCUUCCAGAUGAACGGGACGCCCUGCUUCGACCAGGGGGGGGGCUUCUGCCACAGCGGACGGUGCCCCACACAUCAGCAGCACUGCUGGAGGCUGUUCGGCAACGGCGCCUCCCUCGGAUCACACGCCUGUUUUGAGCUGAACCGGCGCGGCGAGGAGGGGGCAAACUGCGGGAGGAACGGAUCGGGCUACGUCCCGUGUGCAGCGCCAAAUCUCCUCUGUGGGUCGAUGUUUUGCGGAGGGGGGGGUGAGUCCAUCACGGGGAAGAUGGCGGUGUACACGGUGCACGGCAUCCAGUGUAAACUGGCUGUGGACGACGACGGGACCAGAAACUUGGACAUGGUGCCGAGGGGAACCAGGUGUGGAACCAACAAGGUGUGCAUGGAGCGGCGAUGUGUGGAUGUGUCGCUGUACGGGAGCCCGGAGGACUGCUCCAAGAAGUGCAGCAGCAACGGGGUGUGCAACCACAAGGAGGAGUGCCACUGUGACCCCGGCUGGGCCCCCCCGCACUGCGACGUCCAGUAUGCAGACUUAUCUCAAGGUCGGAGCGGGGUCGUCGCCGGAGUGUGUGCAGCCGUCUCCAUCCUGCUGAUCAUCUCUGGCAUCACCGCGGGGCUCCUGUGCUGCAAGAAGGACCACAUGGACAACUACUCCUUCAAGAGGACUUUGCACUCCGCCCCCGACAGGCCGGGCCAGGUGUUCCAGCAGCAAGGCGUGAAGGACAGACCUGAGAUCAGCUCGCCCACCUUCCUGGCCUCCACGGCGACGCAGGCCUGCGCUCCUCUGAUGGUCAGCGCGGCCCCCCCACAGAUGAAACCUGUACCUCCAUCCAAACCUUUACCUGCUCUGAGUAAGACAGGUCAAAUAAACACCUUCAUUCAAUGACAGAAUAGAAAUGUUGAACCCAGCAGGGGUCUCACGAAAAAAGAAACCAUUUGAAUGCUUCUGCUUGAAGUUCACGUAGCUGCAUCACUUUAAAGGUUUUUACAGCCAGUUUUACUUGUUGAAGUUAUUGAAGAGAACUUUUAUGGCUCUUCUAGCUCACCGUCAUCGACUGAAUGUAAAAAUGAUGGGAAUUCCCAGAUGCGCUUUGUCCCACGUUUAAUCUGCUGUAUGCAAAGUUAUUGAUGCUCAUUAAAACCUGUUCCGAGUGGUUA